AUGUCAGAAGGAACUCUUGCAUCAGCUGUGGCAGUGCCCGAGCAAGAGACCAUUCCACAAUCACCUGAGCUCCCAACCAAACGGAGGCAGUCUUCUAUAUCAGAGCACGACCCCAAGCGCCGCCGCCUGAGCUCCCAGGGUGACCUCUCGCCAGAUGCGCGCCGACAGCAGCAUUCUCCCGGGCCGUCGGUCCCUGAUCGUCCAACAGAGCGAAGACCCAAUCGUCAAGGUCGAGAAGAAGAUCGCAAGCGCGGGCAGCGGCUGUUUGGCGGGUUGCUGGGCACACUCUCGCAAAGUUCGACCACGGCGGCGCAGAAGCGUCGCGCUGAUAUUGAAAAGCGGCAGCAAGAUAAGUUGAAGUCGCAGGCCGAUGAAUACGAUGGCUUGAAGAAGCGGCGUAAGGAGCGGCGUGAUUUGAUCCGCAAGAAGGAGACGCCCUUCUAUGAACAAGAGGCGAUGCGAACGCGACAUGAGACCCUCAUCGCCAUGGCACAUUCUCUCAAGACCCGAACCGAGCCAGUAUUGUACUACAAGCCUUGGCAAUUACGACCCGGAGAUGAAGCUAUCAUUCAAGAACAAAUUCAAGAGGCAGAAGCUACGAUUGCACGAGAAGUUGCCGCUUUCGAGGCUCAAUAUCCCCCCAAAGCUUUCCUAUAUGAGCCGAUUGAAUCAAUAGCAACGGAGACAGGACCGCUUGAAUCGAGAGUGGACGAAGAGCGGCCACAAGAAGCACACAACCAGCCGCCUGCGGCACCGAGCUCGGAGCAAGCCUCGACUGACAAGCCUGGGGCUGAUACGAAAUCAGACGACCAUCCUUCUACAGUCGCGGCGCAAUCUCCCGCCAAAGAAAAGCCACCGACUCCUGCCGGAUCUGAUUCGGCACCUCGCUCAGAGGCCACUGGUGCUGCCGAUGCUGAAGAGGGAAAUCGCUCACACCACGAUGACGAUGGCGACGAGAUGUUGGAGGAUAAUGAGGAUACGGUGAUUUAUUAG